AUGUCGAAAGCUUUGGAAACGCCUACCUACAGUCAGUUCGCAUGCGUUGGGACUGGGUUCUCGGCGAUCGGGCUGGGUGCUACGCUGAAGAGAUGGUACGGCAUUGGCGACAUCAAAUUCUUUGAACGGCACAGUGAUCUCGGAGGAACAUGGUUCAUCAACCAAUACCCAGGAUGUGCAUGCGACGUGCCCAGCGCUUUGUACAGCUUCUCGUUCGAGUCCAACCCAGACUGGAGUCGAGUAUUGCCUCCGCAACAGGAGCUAUGGCAGUACCUCCACGAUGUGGCCAAGAAAUACUCGCUCAUCGAGAAGAUGAGAUUUGGCGUCAACGUCGAGCAAUGCGUCUGGUCGGAAGAGCGCAAACGCUGGAGGAUGAACAUUCGUCACUACGAAACCAAUCAGGUGUUCGCGCAUGAAUGUCAGUUCCUUUUCGCUGCCACGGGACAACUCAUGCAACCACGGGAGAUCGACGUUCCCGGUUCAACAAGCUUCAAGGGUCGCAUCUUUCAUUCGUCCCGGUGGGAUCAAACCGUGGAUAUCCAGGACAAGAAAGUUGUUGUCAUUGGGAACGGGUGUACCGCAUCGCAAAUCGUACCGGCGAUUGUAGGCAAGACGAAGCACCUCACGCAAGCUAUCCGCACAAAGCACUGGGUCUUACCCCCCGUCGACAAUGAGAAUACAGAGUUCAUGAAGAACGUCUUGAGGCAUGUGCCGGGAACACAGACGCUGCAGAGAUUUCUGGUCUUUGCUGCGGCAGAAAACACAUUGCGAGGGUUUUAUAUGACGAAUGAUGGAAACAAGUAUCGCAAGCGUGCUAGAGCCAGCGCUGAGAAGUACAUGAAGACAACGGCGCCGGCGAAGUAUCAUGAAAAGCUCAUACCUGACUUCGAACUCGGUUGCAAGAGACGCAUCUUCGACUCAGGCUACUUGAAGAGCUUACACUCGGAGAAUCUCACUCUGCUAGACAACCCGAUCCAAGAAAUUGUACCAGAGGGUAUUCGAACCCGGGAAGGCGUGACAGAGGCGGAUGUCAUCGUUUUAGCCAAUGGUUUCGUAACAAACAAUGCUGUUGGGGGCCUAGAUGUCAUUGGUCGAAACGGAGAGCAGAUAGACCAGCAUUGGGAGUCGUUUGGUGGCCCAGAGGCUUACAAUUGCACGAUUGCAAGCGGAUUUCCAAACUUUUUUGUACUUCUUGGACCGAACUCACUCACAGGCCACACUUCCACAAUUAUCGCAGCGGAAAACUCCAUCAACUUUGCGCUUCGCAUCAUCAAACCGGUGCUUGAUGGCAAGGGAACAACCGUGGAAGUUUCUAAAAAGGCAGAGCAGCAAUACGUCAACCAGAUGCAGGCCGACAUGCAGAAGACUGUAUGGUCUACGGGAUGCACUAGCUGGUAUCUGAAAGACACAACGGACGGCAAGAAGUGGAACGGCUCGACCUAUCCUUACUCUCAAGCGUACUUCUGGUAUCGCUGCUUGUUCCCCGACUUUGGUGACUUGGAAAUACGUGGACCGACCCAUGCCGGGCGCAGGAGACGGACAUGGCCAAAGAAGUUGGCAGUUGCCGCUGUUGUGGGAUACGCUCUGUCACUGCUAUUCGGCCUAGCUCGGAACCCAUUGGCUCGGAACCGCUAUUGGCAGCAGUUCAGUGUAGGCAUGCAAUUGCUGCGAGCUUUGUUGAUGAUGAAAUUGGCGAAUUUGAGAAGGAGGAUUGGCAUGGUAUGAGGAAGGAGACUUUGGAACGGGGAACUCGUCAAACAGAAAAUGCAGGAAUGAGGUUGAAAAGACUGUCAAAGUGAAUUGCGAGCUGAUGACGAGAGUGCAGCUGCCCUCAAUGGGGAGGCAGUGCGAGUCUCAUAUAAGUCGGUAUUCAUUACCAGCAAAACUCGAAAUCGAGUAUGAUUUGUGUCCACUUUGAUGCAAUAUACUGACUCAUAGAAGGAAGUUUCAAUGGGUCUUUCAUACUUUGUCUCACUUGAAAUCCUCCCUGUAUGAAUAUUUACGAAUGC